UAAAAGGCUGUUCUUUGCUCUUCCUAUGCUAUUUCUCACUACGAGUGUCGUUGUGUCUUUUUCUUUCUUUUCCUGCCCGAAAAGAUUUUUUUUUCCCCCCGCAUGAGAUCAAACCGAUUUACCUUUAAAUUUCAGCGGCUAAGUCGCUGAUAGUGGGGGUUGAUUCCUCCGGGAAGAAACUUUUCACUUCAAGCUCUAUAAUGAGCCGAUCAAUCGAGCUGCCGCCGCUGCCCCAAUAUUCGUUUCGGAAUUCCAAGAGGAGAGUAUAUUCAGGUAGCAAUUCGGUGUUGAUGGACCCUGAGGUUGUGGAAAUUCCUCCCCCAAUUCAUCGCCCUACGAAACUGAUGAAACAGAAGGUAGAACCGGCUAUUAUUAGUGAUGUGAUUGACGUCGACAAUGAUGAAGACUCUGCUGAUUUAGUGUUUAUUGGUGAAAAAGUUGGCGGAAGCAACAAGGGAAAGGAGAUGUCUGAUGAUGUUUGUCCCCCUCCUACUCUGGAACAAUUUGGGCCAGCUAGUGGGCUUGAGUCCUCCAGUGGUUAUGCUUCAGUAUCACAUAAUAUAAUCAAUGUCGAUGGUCACAGUUCUGAUCUAUCAAAUGAUGAUGAUGACUACAACGAUCAUUUUGCUGAUGAUUUCAUGGAUGUAGAUGAGUACGCCAUGUUACAGGCACACUUUGACAGUGUGAAUAUACCUGCUGGAAUUGAGGCACCCAUACCCUGGAUGUCAAAUUUUGAUAUAGAUUUGAAGAAAUCUGGAAGUAGUUCUUCGAAUCCUUGGGGUAAUAUGCAGUUAGAUGCUAAAAGUUCUCAUAUGACAGACUUAUCUCAGCUUUCGUGGGCAAUAGAAUCUUCUGACCUCAUCCAAGAAACUCCAGUAUGUAGUUCUAGUUCACAAACAAAAAAUGCUGCUGUCAAUCCUCCUCCUCAAAACUUGUCUUCUCAGUUGCAUACUGAAGCUGCUCUUGGUAAAAGCAAUCAACUUUUUCACAACUUGAUGGGCUUAAGCUGAACUUGAAUCUAGCACUAGGGGCAGAUUCAUCUAAGCCUCAUUGGUUCAAAGGACCUUUCAGUCGCAAGAAGAAGCUUUCUGUUUUAGGUGAUUUUCAAAGUGAUUCUUCAGCACACAAGUCAGAGCCCUUGAAGCUGCCACCUGGAGGUGAACCUCCUCAUUGGGGCAAAGUUAAAAGUGCAAAAAAGGCACAUGG